CAGGGAAGUAAGACGUUGUCUACCCCGGGUGCUCGUCCAUGUUGCAGUAUCUGUAAAGAAAUGGCCACAGCUAAGAAGCUGACAGACAACCACCUCACCUGUGGCAUUUGCACGGAGGUGUUCAGAGACCCUGCCACACUUCAGUGUAAUCAUACAUUCUGUAAGUGCUGUCUUCUGAAAUACACCAAAACACAGACUGAAGCAACGCAAGCUAAGUCCAUCCGAUGUCCCUCCUGUAGACAAAUGACGAAGGUUGCCAUCCCUGAUAGUCCAGUAGAGGAAUGGAUCAGUCAGCUGAAACCAAGCCACGUCAUACAGGGGCUAAUGGACGACUUUGGAGAAGAGGCCCGAGGUAUUGAUUGCUGCAUGGUUUGCAAAAGAGAAGGGGAGAUUACUCCUGCUACGUCCUGGUGUGCCACUUGUUCUGACAGCUUCUGUGAUAGAUGCCUCAAGGUACACAGGAAUAUGUCAUUGUCUAGUGAUCACGAAGUGGUAGAUUUAUCUAAGAAGGGCCAAGGAAAAUGCAAACGACAUUUCAUGUGUAAAAUCCACAGAGACAAACAGAUAGAGCUCUUUUGUAAAGACUGUACUAUUCCAAUUUGUACUUUAUGCUGCAGCAUAAACCACAGGAAAUGUGAUGAUGUUGUUACCAUAGAUAGUAUGGCCACACUAGUGAAAGAACACAUGACCAAAGAAACAAUGAAGCUGAAGGACAAAAUGAAACUCAAAACUGACAAUAUUUCAUCUGCAGAAUCUUCAAUAAAAAAGAUAACGGAAAAUGCCAGUUCUGUUAGAUGUGAAAUACAAAAAGUUCGCAGGGAAGCUGUGCAUUAUCUUAUGAGGAAAGAACAACUCCUACUCGACCAGGUUGACAGAUUCGAGGAGGACAAUGUUCAAAACUGGAACAGGUUCAUCCAAUCAGAGGAGAUUGACCUUCAGAUGUACCAACAACAGAUAAAGAUCACAACCAAUGCUGUUACAUCAGACUGCGAUGAAGAUAUGUAUGCCCUAUAUAAGCAAGCAGAUAUUACAUCUACAGAUCAAAUUAAAAUAUUGAAAAAGGAUGUAAAGAGACCGACCCGACACAGGAUCUCAUUCAGACAGAAUGAGGAAAUAUUUUUGACACUGAAUAACCUAAACCUUGGUGAUGUUAAGAAUCGUUCGGGCAUAUUUAAUUUUUCCUUUUUGUUUAAAAGGUGAUCACCUGCUUGACAGAGCUGUUAGAAUCUACAUCACAACUUCAGUACGUUAGGCAUCUGCUAAACUGGUGCCUUUUACUAUUCUACAUUUUACUUCUCUGGAGUAUAACGAAUAAGACGUUAAAUAUUUAAUUGAGUCACUUUCUGUGCACAUCAGAUUUCAUGAAGAUGAGAAGAUCAAACUAUUUUGUAAAGAUUGCAAGAUGGGAAUUUACACUGUGUGUCGUAGUAUCAAAACGUGCUAACCAUUGACACCAUGACGCGUCAUAGCAGACUUAAUGUCACAUUGUGAUACUUCGACCUUUUUCUUAAAUGUUCUAUACGUUUAAGUUAUUUGUGUUGAAAACCGGAAGACGUGUCAACUGUAGUUUGUUUUGUGGCUGUGCUUCUUUGUCAAUCAGCCAAAUGUUACCCAACCAUUAAUUCCCUUUCCAUAGCUUCCCGUCGUGUAUUUAUCGUUUCAUUGUAUAUAUGUUGUGUACUUAAUGUUCUGGUACAGUGUCGUGGUACAGGUAUUAUCCUCAUUGUGUAUUUGUCGUUUACUGUGUAUAUGUUGUGUAUUAAUGUUCGGGCACUGUGUUACAUGUUAGGUAUGUAAUGAGUUUAUGGAUGUGGCGUCCACAGAUGAAGACAGUGAGGACAAGAGACCAGUAUCAUCCAGCGCUCUCUUGACACGUGACAGACAAAUUGAAGAGCUAAGUUAUAGGAGGUCUCCUCCCUUGCAAAAAGUUUACUGUGUCAGAGUUAUUAAGUCACGUGUGUGAUGUUGCAAGAUAGACUGUGACAGACCAUGUUUGACUCCUGUUGACAUAAUGGAGAUAAAAGUGACACUACUUACACAGGUGUGGCAAGGAAGCAAUUUUACAUUCAUGUUACGAGAAGUACCAAUGUGAUAGUCAGGGAAGGGCAGUAACAUUGUUCAUGUGACCAGUUAAGACAAAACUCCUACGCUCCCACAGGAGACAAAACUCAGCU